CUCUUGUGAAGCCACGCCCCUCUCGCACUCACACGGCGGCUUCCAGAAACGAGUGGCGUCAGACCGCAGUGGCCGAGCCGUGCCGGGUAUAAAGAGGAAUUUUAGCGGUUCCCACUGUUUGGACGGAGGAACAGCCAACAUGCUCACUAAGGAGUUCCGAAUUGUCCUGCCCAUUUCUGUGACGGAAUACCAAGUGGGCCAGCUGUAUGCAGUAGCAGAGGCCAGUAAGGAUCAGACGGGUGGAGGAGAAGGUGUGGAGGUGCUUGUCAAUGAGCCCUAUGAGAAGGAUGGAGAGAAGGGACAGUAUACCCACAAGAUCUACCACCUGAAAAGUAAAGUGCCAGGUUUUGUCAAUGCAAUAGCUCCAAAAGGGUCUCUCAAGGUUCACGAGAAGGCCUGGAAUGCCUAUCCUUACUGUCGAACCAUUCUCACCAAUGAAUACAUGAAAGAUAAAUUCGAGAUCAAGAUUGAGACAUGGCACAAGCCUGAUAUGGGGAACCAGGAAAAUGUACACGGACUGGAAGAAAGCCAAUGGGAAAAAACUCAAGUAGUUGACAUUGAUAUUGCCACAUGUCGCAUAGCUCCAAAGGACUACAACCCAGAUCAUGAUCCAACCAAAUUCAAGUCAGAGAAGACAGAUAGAGCACCUCUGGCAGCUGACUGGAAGAAAGAACUCCCUAACAAGGCCAACUGUCCACACAUGUGUGCCUAUAAGUUGGUCACUGUGGAAUUCAAGUGGUUCGGACUGCAGGGCACGGUGGAAAAAAAAAUACAAGAUAUCGAGGAGCGUUUGUUCGCAAACUUCCACAGACAGCUUUUCUGCUCGAUCGACAAGUGGAUUGAUCUGACAAUGGAUGACAUACGACGUAUGGAGGAAGAGACAAAGAAGGAGCUGGAUGAGAUGAGGGUCAACGAUGAAGUCAAAGGCAUGGGAGUUGAAUAGUGAAGGCAGCUGACUGACCAACCCAAUCACCAUUUGAUAAAGGAGGAUUUGACUUCAUGCAGACACUGGGCCUGGAACUGGUUGAUUGGCAUAAUCGAGAAUACCACAACAUCUCAAUAAAGUAUGCCUUAAUUAGA